UUUGAGUAUCGUUAAAGCAGUUAUCUGGCUCAUCCACUAAUGAAAUAUGGGUUUCUUAAAACAGUUAGACGUCGAAAAUUUUAAGUCCUGGCGAGGAAAACAAACUAUUGGCCCAUUUAAAAGGUUUAAUUGCAUAAUUGGCACUAAUGGAUCAGGCAAAUCUAAUGUCAUGGAUGCUCUUGGAUUUGUGAUGGGAGAGAGAGCAGUAAAUCUUCGUGUUAAACACACCAGAGAUCUCAUCCACGGUGCCCACAUCGGCAAACCCUCGUCCACCUUCGCCAGCGUGAGCAUGAUAUACUGUGGAGACAAUAAUGAAGAAAUGAUCUUCAGCAGGCGCAUUUCAGGGGACUCUUCUGAGUAUCGUGUGAAUGGUAAACAGGUCACUUUGGCAAAGUACACUGGAGAGCUGGAGAAGAUUGGCAUUGUGGUGAAAGCAAAGAAUUGUCUGGUGUAUCAGGGUGCUGUGGAGUCAAUUGCCAUGAUGAAUGCCAAAGAACGAACAAAGAUGUUUGAACGAAUCAGCAGCUCCGGAGAGCUGAGCGCCGAGUAUGAUGCCAAGCUGGCGGCCCUGCAGAAAGCCAAAGAGGACACCCAGUUCCACUUUAACAGGAAGAAAGCAGCUACAGCUGAGAAGAAACAAGUCUUCAAAGAUAAGACUGAGGCGGAAAAAUAUCAGGCGCUGGUGGAUGAACACAGAGAAAACAAACUCCAGCUGACCCUCUUUCAGCUUUUCCACAAUGAGAAAAAGAUAGACGCACAGUCAGAAUCACUGAGGGACAUGCAGGAUGCUGCAGCGCAGCAGAAGAACAGCCUGGACGUCUAUGAACAAACUGUGAAGGCUCAGAAGAAAGACCAUGGGCGCAUGAAUCGAGAACUUCAGCAGUUGGAGAAGGAGAUCAG